AUGGCUGUUUAUUGUGCUCUGUAUGCGCAAUGUGAUCCCAAUGACGAUGAUGAGUUGUUACCACAUUCGCCAGUGGAUCCAGCUCAAGUGCUCUUUAUGGCACAAAUGGAAAUUGACGAUGAUGUAGUGCUAGUAGUGCAGGAAGUGCUGGUAGUGCAGGAAAUGUUGACUGUCUUUGUUAUAUAUAUUGGUAGUGCAGAAAAUGCUGCUGGUAAUAGUUCUUUUGUGGAGGAGGAAAAUAUGGUGAUGUCUCCGUUGGCUGUUCGAUACCUUCUAUCAUCGAUAUAUCCAUCAGCGAUGGGUACAACUCGCCUUGAGAUUGAAUCUCAGCUGAAAUUACGGAAGUUGGAUCCGAUGUUUGUGUACAAGGUGCUGGAGGAGGAGUUUCUGGGUGAGGCCAAGAAUCUGCAAAUUGCCAAUAGGGUCUUUGUGGAUCAUGGUGUGUGGCUGAAGCCAAUUUAUCGGAAGCACAUGAGACACCUUCAGUUUGAACAAGUUGACUUUACCAGGGCCACUCUGGCGGCUGAGAUAAUUAAUGAGUGGUCAGAGGAAGCGACAGCUGGGCACAUUCACCAUGUCAUUGAUCCGGAUGAGAUUCAUGAGGAUCUUCAAAUGAUCCUCCUCAAUGCCAUUCAUUUUAAAUCACCUUGGAGGGUACCAUUUCUCGAGCGACGAACAAGAAAACAGCAAUUUCGCAUGAAAAGUGGUCAAAUGGUGAGGACUGAUAUUAUGAUUCAGCAUCCGGCUGAUUUGAGAUAUACAGAAUCACAGAAACUCAAUGCACAAAUUGUAGAAAUUCCCUAUGCAUCACGCUUUGUCAUGUGGAUCAUUCUUCCUUCUGCAUCUUCAAGUCUUCAGGAAUUGAUAGAUAAAUUGUCUCCAAUGGAUUUUCUAGAGAUCAACAGAAAUUUCACGAUGAAAAAAAUCUCUCUGGAACUCCCUAAAUUUUCCAUGGAUACCAAAGUAGAUGGGAAGACCGUUCUUGAGAAGAUGGGAGCUCCUUCAAUCUUCAGAAAUCCUGAUUUUGAUAUUGCUAUGAAUCAUAGAUCCAUGGUAGGAGACGUUAAGCAACGGAUUAAGCUAGAGAUCGACGAGGAAGGAAGUGAAAUGGAGAUUGUCUCUUGGAUGGGAGUUCUACAGAGGAUAGGAAUUGAAUUUCCUACUUUUCAUGCCCAUAGGCCCUUCAUGUUCCUUAUUCUGACUUCAAAGUCAUUCGUGCCCAUUUUUCUAGGGCACAUGGCUCAGCCUCCGGGUGAAAUGAUCCAAUGCAACAUCCUUCAGAGCAGCAAUCAUUUUGAGGACUUUGAUGGCUGCUGA